CGCUGUUUCGCUUUGCAGGCAUUGGCACCGAAGUGUCAAAACGAAUUCCUUUUAUUACAACUAACGAUUACCAGAGCCACGACAGUCCAGUCGCCGAAUCUACCAAUGCUGCUGGGUUUGUUAGUCAACCAUUUUAUCGACAAAUGUGACUCAGUUUAACUAUAUACCGAUUGUGAUAAACUGCUACUCGCAGGCCUCUGUAGUUUCAGCCGUCAGGAGCAACAGUGGGCCACGGCCCGAGGUUGUGUUGAUGGGAAGAAGGGACCGAGGGCUGCAUCAUGGAAGUUGUGCUCUCUGCCACCAAGAGUUCGGUUCGUACAGAAUGUGAUGAAUCGCAAUAGAAUUCUGGAUAUCCACCAAGUCGAACCGAAGAGCCAUGAACUAGUUUACAUGUGGUGUGUCAACAACAACACUAACAGACUCGGACUAACAGAAUGAAUGGCCCUCAGCAGAAUGACGUAAAGAGACAACACCUGCUGGAGAGGCUGCUGGACUCUGUCAAACAGUGCCAAAUUCGCUUUGGAGGAAGAAAGGAGAUCGCCUCAGAUUCCGACAGCAGGGUGAUCUGUUUGUGUGCCCAGUUUGAGGCUGUCCUCCAGCAUGGCCUGAGGAAGAGUAGAGGACUGGCCCUCACUGCUGCUGCCAUCAAGCAGGCCGCAGGCUUCACCAGAAAGACUGAAGCAGAGCUGACGUUCUGGUUCUAUGUGAAGGAGUAUUUGAACCGCCAUGAGCUGCAGCGGUUCUACUCCCUGAGACACAUCUCCUCUGAGCUGGGUCGCGGCCGCGCCUGGCUCCGCUGUGCCCUCAACGAACACUCCCUAGAACGCUACCUACACACGCUGCUCGCAGACCGCAUGCGCCCCGGCACCUUCUAUGAAGACUGGGCGUUUAUUCUGGAUGAGGAGCGAGCCAGCAUGCUGCCCACCAUGGCUGCAGGACUGAACUCCAUCCUGUUUGCCAUCAACAUCGACAACAAGGACCUGAACGGUGUGAUCCGAGCAGGCGGCCCCUCCUCCUCCGUGAGCCACCUCCUGAAGGAGUCCACCCAGGGCAUAGGGAGUCUAUGGAAGGAGUCUACCCAGGGGGUGAGCACUCUGCUUAGGGAGAUCAGCACCGCCACCGCUGUGGUGCCAGGCUUCACCCCCACACACCGCCCCGACAGCUCCUCAGACCCACUGCCUGUCCUGCCCCGCAGUGCCUCCGCAGACUCUGGCCUGAGGAAGGAGCGACGGAGGAAAAAGAGAAUCACCAACAUCAUCUCUUUCGACGACGACCUGGAUGGGGGAGCGGAGGAUGAGGAGGAGGUGGGGGGGAGGACUGCCACUCUCAGGAAGAGCACCACUGCUCCUCAGGUCAGUCUGGAGGAAGGCAUUGAUCCACUGGAGCCCUCCUCCUCCCUCUCACCUCCCCAGAACGGGCUGCCCGAGCCUGGGAUAGUCAGCUGGGCCGGGCCUCCUCCUUUCUCCAGAGCUCUGCCAGACUCCAAGAUUAUUGGUAAUGAUGAGGAAGAGGUGUACAAGAGCAGACCACAGCUACAGAGCCCCCUCCAUGACAGGGCCAGCGCUGACCAAGUGGUGGUGGGGAGCCUAUCCAGUGUGUCCACGUGGAGCCCUCUGCAGGGCAUGACUGAUAAUGACAGUUCAGACGCCCUCAUCCCUGUGGCCUCCAGCCACUCCUACUCUCAGCCAGUUGGCUCAGUGGAGGAUACAGCUGCAUUUCCUGUACAGACAGAUUCCACAGGUGACUACGAGACGACCAGAUCCCAGCUGCAGUUCAACUUAGAGGCCAGCCCACCGGUCCAGAAUGCACCUCUCUCUAGUGUCCUGCCCAGUGCCACCCCCGUUCUACCAGAGUCCAUGACAGUGGUGGAGCUCCGCCAGGCCAUAGUAGCCAUGAUGAACAGGAAGGAUGAGCUGGAUGAACACAACACGUCCCUGCGCAGCCUGCUGGAUGGGGAGAUGGAGCACUCUGCUGGGCUGAGGCAGGAGACGGACGCCCUGAGGAGACGCCUGGAUGAGCUGGAGGAGAGACACACAGCCAAGGUGCAGGCUCUGGGCAGGGAGAACGAGGUCCUCAAGGUCCAGCUGAAGAAAUACGUGGGGGCUGUUCAGAUGCUGAAGAGAGAGGGGGGCCAGGGCGAUGACACCGCUCUCCCCAUGGUGAGGAACUGUGAUGGUCCUACUCUGGCCCCUCAGAGCAGGUCUAUGGGGGAUGUGGAGGAGCUGGCUGCCAGCUACGAACGCAAACUCAUAGAGGUGGCUGAGAUGCAUGGCGAGUUGAUAGAGUUCAAUGAGCGUCUGUACCGUUCUCUGAUGGCCAAGGACCACCUCAUCAUCCAGAUGAAACAGGAACUCAUCGACCUCAGAGGACCAGUUCCCGGUGACCUGAGCCAGACUUCUGACGACCCCAGCCUAUCAGAUUUUGAGACGACUCACCGCGCUCUCAUCAAUGUCUGGAUUCCCUCUGUGUUUCUGCAAAGCCACGCUGCUAACGCCUACCAUGUAUACCAGGUGUACAUCCGUAUUGUGGACAACGAGUGGAAUGUCUACAGGCGCUACACAGAAUUCCGGGCACUCCACAACCACUUACGCUCACAAUUCCCGCAAGUCGACACCUUCAACUUCCCACCCAAGAAAGCCAUAGGGAACAAGGAUGCCAAGUUUGUAGAGGAGCGUAGGAAACAGCUGCAGUCGUACCUGAGGAUGGUGUUGAACAAGCUGAUCCAGACCCUGCCAGAGUUCUCUGCUAAACCCACCAAGGAGACCCUGCUGCAGCUGCUGCCCUUCUGCCUGGACACUCCAGUGGCCAGCAGUAAGACGGCCCAGUCCAGAUCCUCGUCAAGCUUCCCCAUACUUGGGCGCAGCCACAACCAGGAGGGCCGCAACCUAGAGCCCCAGAGCGGCGACCUCUAACCUUUACCCACUGACCUCUGACCUCUUCUUUGAUUGGAUUAUACAGAGGGGUUUAUUGGUGCUGGAUGGAUUCUGAGCCAUAGAGAGGGACAGAAAGACAUUGGUGAUGACAUCAUCAGGGGAGAGGCUCCUCCUCCUUUAGGCUUUCUACAGGUUUCCAACAGCAGGACAUUAUAUAUGCUGCAGGGGAGAGGCAGGAGGCUGCUCCUCCUUUAGGCUUUCUACAGGUUUCCAACAGCAGGACAUAAAUAUGCUGCAGGGGAGAGGCAGGAGGCUGCUCCUCCUUUAGGCUUUCUACAGGUUUCCAACAGCAGGACAUUAUAUAUGCUGCAGGGGAGAGGCAGGAGGCUGCUCCUCCUUUAGGCUUUCUACAGGUUUCCAACAGCAGGACAUUAUAUCUUCCCUCUCUAGGAUCUACAGACAGACUCUUCCUGCUCUCUGACCCUGAAGACCACACGUGGAAUAGCUGGGGGGAGGGGGACUGUUUCCUAAUUUUACUCAGUUUUUUUAGUAAAACUGUAUCAUGGCCUACAGUGUUUUCUAGCUUUUUUUGCGGUGAGUGGACAUAUAGAAAAGUGUUCUUCAUACGAAACUAACGUUUUUUUCUUGACGAAUGUCAGCAUUUUGGUGCCAAUUUUGAUUUUGACAUCAUCCCUUUACAUUAACCAAAGCGAUGGGCAUUCAUUACAUUUACAUUUUAGUCAUUUAGCAGACGCUCUUAUCCAGAGCGACUUACAGGAGCAAUUAGGGUU